UGUGUAUGGGUGCGUGGGUGGAUGCGUGCGUGUGAGGGGAGCAUGCUGUGUGCGCCGAGCGACCGGGCGGCCCCAUGCCCUCAACUCGCCGGGACAGCCCUAGCUUCGCCCCGCUGACCACGUGCCUGCUGCUCUUUGUGUUUGUCUUCAUGAAGAUUCUCGACAUCGGUGAUGUGAUGAAUAAAUUUGAAGUCCUUGGGAUUGUAGGUGAAGGAGCCUAUGGAGUAGUCCUGAAGUGCAGGCACAAGGAAACAAAUGAGAUUGUGGCCAUUAAGAAAUUCAAGGACAGUGAAGAGAAUGAGGAGGUCAAGGAGACCACGCUGCGCGAACUUAAGAUGCUGCGCACGCUCAAGCAGGAGAACAUUGUGGAGCUCAAGGAGGCCUUCCGCAGGAGGGGCAAGCUCUACCUGGUCUUUGAGUAUGUGGAGAAGAACAUGCUGGAGUUACUGGAGGAGCAGCCCAACGGCGUGCCACCUGAGAAAGUGCGAAGCUACAUCUAUCAGCUGAUCAAAGCCAUUCACUGGUGCCACAAGAAUGACAUCGUUCACCGGGAUAUCAAGCCCGAAAAUCUCCUCAUCAGCUCUGACGACGUUCUCAAGCUGUGUGACUUUGGCUUUGCUCGCAACUUGUCAGAGGGGGACAACGCGAACUACUCCGAAUAUGUGGCCACUAGGUGGUACCGCUCUCCGGAGCUUCUGUUGGGGGCUCCCUACGGAAAGGCCGUGGACAUGUGGUCCGUGGGCUGCAUCCUGGGGGAGCUCAGCGACGGGCAGCCCCUCUUCCCGGGAGAAAGCGAGAUCGACCAGCUGUACACCAUCCAGAAAGUGCUGGGUCCACUGCCACCUGAGCAGAUGAAGCUGUUCUACAACAACCCCCGCUUCCACGGGCUGCGGUUCCCCACGGUGAGCCACCCUCAGACCCUUGAGAGGAGGUACUUGGGUAUCAUAGGUGGUGUCAUGCUGGACCUGAUGAAGAACCUGCUACUGCUGAACCCAACAGAGCGGUUUCUGACUGAGCAGAGUCUCAACCACCAAGCCUUUCAGACCCAGCGUGUGACGGACCGGCCCAAUCCAAUAUCGCCUACUCCCGUCCGCUCCUUAAAGAAGAAGCCUCACCAUGGAGAGAACAACACCUCCAGCAGGAGCCAUGGAAGCAAAAGCUCAGUACACCAUCGCUCCAGCAGCAAGGACCGCUCCGGCAACAAGGACUGCUCUACUCUGCACCGCCAUGAGGACCUCCACCCCAACAAUGACAACUUCCUCAAUGGGAACAUGCCUGCCUCCUCGAGCCUCAGCCCCACACUGCACCCCAAAUCCUUCCAGCCCCAGUCUCUCAACCGCUCUCCCUCCUGCAACAAGGACUUGGCUAACAACAACCAGCCCCACCUACUGAGCCCCAAGGACAACAAAGGCAAAACCGAGUUUGAUUUCAAUGUGGGGACCAAGGGCUCCGAUGGGUCAGGUUCAAAGUACCUGAAGGGCACUUCGCGCUCCCAGAAGAGUCAACACUCCUUCACUGAGGGCAAGACAAACACACUGCAGGCCGGAGAGAAGCACAGCCGGCAUAGCUAUGUGGACUCCUCCCACGGCUCCAUGCCUUCCUCGACAAAGAGCUCCUCCUCCUAUCUGAACCUCUCCAAGAGCCACGGAACUCUCAGCGAUGCCAAGUCGGUGGGGAACCUGAGCGACACCCCGAGCCCCUGCUACUUCCCCUCCAGCUGCAUGGAUCUGAAUGCUCCGGCGAGCCCAGCAGUCCGGCACCGCGAGCGUGAACGAGACCGUGAACGUGACCGUGACCGAGACCGGCCUGCUCCCAGCCCCUCUGGUCGCAGCACCUUGGACUCGCGCCGCUCCUCCACCCGCCACAAAAACCUUGAGGAAGGCAAAUCACCUGAGCUUCUAGACCCAGGAGGUGGGGGAGGGAGCCACUCGCACUCCCUGACCACCCCCCACGAGUCUUACCCUUACGGCCUGGGCUAUACCAGUCCAUUCUCCUCUCAGCAGCGGCCCCACCGGCACUCCAUGUAUGUACGACGAGAGCGGCAGCGGGUCCACAAACCGGACAUGGGCCUCACGGUGGGCCAAGGGCUGCCUACCCGUGCUAGCAGCCUACAGCUUCUCUCACCUCAGCUGCAGCAUCGGACCCUGACCCAUCACUCCCUGGGCUCCUCGAGAGAGGACUGCACAGAUGACUUGAACAGGAGCGAGCCACCCUCUACAGACGCGACCCACCCCCGACCCGCGAUUAAAGACUCCUCGCGGGACACCACAGCACCAUUUCACACACAGCGCCCAAAAAAUGAGGUGGGUCUGUACCAAGAAGCGCAACCUGAAGACAGAGCCUCACCGCAGGAAAACCGCACCAUCUUCAGCAACUCCAUGCCCAGGAGGAUAGGCAGCUUCUAUAGGGUGCCAUCCCCCCGGCCGGACAACUCCUUUCAUGACAGCGGGGUCCAGAGCAGGAUGGCGGCUGGCGACACAGGUACCAUGGGAAGCAACUCCAAGCGGCAGACAACCUUUGACCCCUGGAAUAACUCAGAGACCAUGAACCCUCCCGAACCGUCCAAAGAAAAGGAGAAGCAGGGCUUCUUCAGAGCAAUAAAGAAGAAAAAGAAGAAGUCCCAGACGGGUCCGAGUGAUGGGCAGGAGCACCUGAUGCAGAACGCCGGCAGAUCCUCUACGCACCAGAGCACCCGGCACAAGAACCGUGAGCAGGAACGGGAACGCGAGAGGGAGCGAGAGCGCGAGAGAGAGCGAGAGCGAGACAUGGACUGGCCUCCGGAGAAGCUGGCCGAAGUUCCUCCUCAGAACCAGCCCCUCAAGUCCCUCCGUAAGCUCCUGCACCUCUCUUCCUCGACCUCACAUCACACGUCCCCCUCCGAACUGCGCUUCCAGCACAUGCCCAACGCCCCGCCCAAAGGUGGAUUCGUUGAGGGCCGGGGUCACCCCAUCGGCGGUCCAGCCUAUCCUCUCGCGGGCCAGGCCGAGUCUAACUGGCACGCCUCGGCCCUGGGCCGCGCCGAGCCGGCCGCGUACACUGAACAAAUGCCUAGCAAAGUGGACCAGAAGGGGCACAGCUUCAACCGUUCCACUCGCUCACGGAUGCCAAACCUGAACGACCUGAAGGAAACUGCUCUCUAGACUGGCCGGUUACUGAACGCCCUCGCUCCUGACCUCUGACCUCUCUACAGCUCAGUCUGCCGCCGGCUGGGCUCUAUAUAUAAACGUCACGCUCAACUGUGGGAGUGUGGAAAACAGGUUUACCCUUGGCCAAGGGGUAGUGCUCUAAAUGUCUUAAGUUUUUUUUUAACUUAAAUAUUUGAUAGAAUUUGUAAUACUAUUUAUGAGUACAACUUUUUUUUGUUUCAAAAUAAAAAUAAAUGAAACUAUGUAUAUGGCAAACAUAAAUUCAGUACAAAUGUGAGAGCUUUAGUUUCUACACAGAAUAAGCAUACUAAACUUUUUGCGUAAUUAUUCAAUUCUAUUACACUAUGAGUAUUUUAGGUGUUUGUGUCAGAAAUUAUUAGGGUGUUCAGAUUUUAGGUAUCGUUGUAACAAAUAUACUUUUCAUUUGUUAUUUUAAUUUCUCCAUGAUUGUGUAGCUGCUGGAAAGAUGUGGAGACGCAGUGUUGAAGAAUGGUUUUUCUCUCCAGGUUGGCCGAAGUACUCGUGUGACUGGCUCACUCUGCCGGGGGUGUUUUGGACUAUUUUGCGAAACACUCACUAGAUAGGGUGUUUAAUGAAGCUUAAGAAUAUACUAUAAUUCUGUCUCUAUAUAGCAGUGUUGUUUCAUUAUAAACAAUAGAAAUGUUUAAUAUCAGUUGUAAGAAUUCAGUAUUUUGUGGUUUUCUACAGUUUGUAGAGUUGCAAUGAUCAUGGAGUCUUUUUUUUUUUUGCACUGUGGGCUUCGAACAAGUGACAACUCCUCCGAUUCAGUGUGCCGUCCCACCCCGAGUCUUUGUAUCAUGGGAGAAAGGGGUUUUAUUUUAAACUCCGUGUUUUGAUGGGGGAAAUCCGUUUGUCAGAAAUUGCUGGGCUAUGUAAUAGUGAAAAUCCGAAUUCCGUAUUUCUGAGACUUCAGGCGUAUCACACCGGUGAGCGAUGGCGAGGAGAACAGGACUGACUCUGUUAAACUGAGAUUCCCGGAGGAGGAGGAGGAGCAAGAGGAAGGCUUGCUUCAGAGGAAAGUGCAUGGUGGUGGGUUAGCGCAUGUUCCGAGACCUGCUGCUAUUAGCUUGUGGUUUCGCCACACCAUGUACUCCCAAGCUGCUGAGGGGAUGACGUUGCCCUUGGUGCCACAUGCUGCCUGUGACUGCGAUCGUACUGCUGGGGGCCGCCUUCGCCCUUUCACGGCCCGGUUUGGCCUUUGUUCGGUUUGUCUGCUGACAGAGCUGAAAACAGUCAAAGCAUCAUUAGCGCUUCGAUUUUAUUUAGGGUAAGUACUUCGCACCGGAACUACUUCGAAGGCUACAGGUGAUCGUAGGUUAUCCUUCCUAUUAUUAUGGCAGGAGAAUUCAAUGUGCAGAGCUUUUCACGGUGGGGUGUUCCGGCGGGUUUCGUUCAGCUGGGUCCAAGCACCAUGGAGUGAGGAAAGUAAACGGUCCCAUCCUAACCCCCGUGUGCAGGAGAUGUAACGUGAAGACCAUGCCCAGACCCAUGCCCAUCUGAGCUGAAGUGAAAUUCUUUGUGGUUGCUACAAUGUUUGGGUCCAGCAGAUGGAGCCACGUUAAACAUUACUCAUUAAUAACCUCGCACCUCACACUCCCACGUUAUACUGUGCAGGGUGUGUUACGUAAAGUUCCGCCGCACCCCCAAUCAUCUAUUGUCAUGUUCCGAUUUUUUUUUUUCCUUAUUUUUAUCUGUCACCCACAUUUGUCAGUUUUUGCGCCAUUAGUUGCGAAUACGUUUUACUUAUUUCAUAUAUCAAGUCUUGCAAAGUAGUAAUGAGACUUUGUACACGCCCAAUAUAUAGGCAGAUACCUGGGAAGAUAUAUACACCAUAAUAACCACCUUAGAAUAAGUAAAUGCCAAUACCAACAGAGCAAUACAAUA